AUGAAUGUUUUAAAAUUUUCAAUCUCGUAUUUAAUCAUUCUGAUCCAAUUUUCGUACAACAAUGUGAUAUGUAAUCCUGCAUUUGAUGAAUCUGACGUUCAGCAUUCACCUAAAUCAGUAUUUUCACCUAAAGUUACCAAAAGCCUCAAGGAGCGUCUAAACCACUACGGUUCAUUAGCUCCUUCGCCUUCUUACAAACCCAAUGCCACCGAUACGGAUACAGAAAAGCUGUCUAAAGAAGAAGUAACCCAACGUGAGGAAGAAGACACUAAAGUCAAAGAACAAGGUAAUAACCAUAAUGAAGAGAAUCCUAAUGUAGAGGAGAAUCUAGUAACAGAACAUCAUCAAGAAGAUCUUGGUGGACAAAAACUUAAUGAAGCGGAGAAUACAGUAAGCGAACUUAACGAAGACCUCGGUGGAGAAAAUCCCAAUUUAGAGGAGACUCUAGUAACAGAACAUCGACACGUAUAUCUUGGUGGAGAAAGACCUAAUCAGCCAGAUCCCGCUGAUAUUGCAAAUGUACCAUAUGAUACAUCAAGCACUGAUUUACCAAGUCAUAAGGAAGAGGAACCUCAAGUACAUGAGGAAGAAAUUAAAGAGGUUAAAGUAGAUAAUUUGGAAGAGACUCUAACUCCUCAGGAACAUCCAUCACCUACUGAACCAAAAACUAAUCCAAAACCGAAGGAUAAACAGUACAGUUUUACAGAUAUCGAUGGUUCUAUGUUUAGCAACCUUGAGGAGUUGAAAAAGUGCACUGAAACCCCUCACGACUUUGUAGUAAUGCUCGAUGAAUCAGACAGUAUAUCUAAUUAUAACUGGAAGAGAUAUGUCAAGCAGUUUACCACCCUAAUUGCGACCGCAAUUUCACAACUUAAUCAAGAUAAUACCCUGUCAGUAUUACAUUACUCCGAUGUUCCUACCUUGGCAAUAAACACCCAGAAAAUCGAUCCAAAUUCUUUCAAAACAACAGAAGAUAAGAUCAAACAAAUAUUCGAAAGGAGACGCUCAUACGGAAAUAAUUACACAGGAAAAGCGCUAGAAUAUGUUAGAAAAGAACUAUUCCACCUUCCUGAAAUCGCAGAGGGAAGUUCUUCUGAUUCUCCAGAUACCAGUAACAAAGUGGUUAUAUUAGUGACUGACGGAGCUGCAAAAGACAUUGAGAAGGCCUAUUACGAGUCUCUUACUCUGAGGUAUAACAGAGUUGAACUUUUUGUGUUCGGUGUAGGAUUUGUACAAGAAGAAGAAUGCAGAAAGCUGGUUGGUUGUCCAAGCGAAGGGCUCUGUUACAACUUCUUCUAUGCCUCAUGGAACUCUGUGGCACAACAUCUGCAAGAGUUGGUCGACUCUAUGUGCAGAGAUUUGGGUCGAAACGCCACCUGCAAGGAAUUAUGGUCAGAAUUUAGUGAAUGUUCCCGCCCUUGCGGUGGUGGUACCAAAAAGGCAACUUUGCUUAGGUAUACAACCUUAACGGAGGCUACUGCUGGUUCAGAUGGUAAAAAGGGUCUUAGCUGUGAUGAACAAUAUAAAUAUAUGUCUGAAAAGGUUGUGCGAUGUAAUGAGCACCCCUGUCCUCCUGACCAGACCACACUUUUCGGAGAUUUAAUCAAUCCUAAGAACGGUUUGUCCGCUGACACUGACAUGUUAACGGAGGUGAAAAGGCAUUUGAGAGAUGAUAAUACCGUCGAUACACAUAUGAGGACUAAGAAUCUUGGAGAUACGGUUCAUCGCAGACAUCAUUCUCACACUUACUCGAGUAGAAGGGUACCUGAGAGGAGGGAGCGUAAACCCGAUCCUGUUGGUACUAAAAUUUUAAAUGACUUAUUGGAUGACAAGAAAGAACCCGAAACUUUACCAUUCCAGUUACUUGGUGAAAAUGAACACCAUGUACAAGUUGAACGUAUAUUGGAUCAAAGUGAAGUGGAUACUCCAGUACGUAAGCACACUCAAACUUCUCCCGUCAGACAUCCAACUUAUCAAACUACACCUCCACCAAGUCCUCCCACACAUUCGGAUUCAGAUUCUUCCACUGAUUCUGAUUCAGUUUCUACAACGGAUUCAGAUUCAAGCUCAGGUCCUUCGUUAGAAUCAGUUCCAUCAAGUUUCAAUCACCAUGAAACACCAACUAAAGUUGAUAGAGAAGUCCAAACAAGAAAUUUAGUGGAUCAGGGUAUUCAAACUGAUCCUGAAAAGGUUGACAGCACCUCACAAACGGAGAGUAAUAAGCAAGAUGGGAAUUCACAGACCGAUCGCCAUACCAGCCAGGAAUUGGCCACACUAACAUACGAUAAAUUAAAGCAGCUUGUCCAUGGUGAACAUGGCGCUAAUACUAAACGUGAAGCAACUGAACAAAAUAGUAAUGUACUAGAGGAUGCUGUUAGGGAAGGCGUGAAUAAAGUUGACCAACAUCUUAAAGAAACCAUGCAACAGUUACAAGGGGGAAGAUGGAAAUCGUUUGUACUAAAAUUUAAGCAAAAAUUUAAACAGUUACUCGAGAAUGAAAAUUUCAAAAAACUAAGCGCUGUAUUGAUAGUAAUAAUAUUAUCGGCAAUAUCAAUAUCAUUCUUUUCAUAUCUUUUCCUAAGAGAGAGAGAACCUGUGCGUCGGUUAUUUGAUCCAAACGACCAAGAGUUCAUGAACGCAGGAGACGGAGAUGAUGUGGAACCCUCAGAAAACUAUCAAGUCUCCAAUAUGGAGGAUGGAAUCUGGGCCUAA